UAAAGGAAGUUCGACAAAAGAAGCCGGUUUACGGCAGUCAGUGGUAAGGUGAGAGGGAAAGAAUACGGAGAAUAAGAAUACGAAGAGAAUAGUUUGCAGGAGGUCUAAUGAAGACUGACAAGAUCACUAAAAUUCUCAGCGUUGACAAUGGCCACCCCUUUAAGAAGCGAGGUCAUCAGACUGUAUAAAAAUCUUCUGUAUCUUGGAAGAGAAUACCCCAAAGGUGAAGACUACUUCAAAGAUCGUCUCAAGACAGCUUUCUUGAAAAAUAAAGAUGUCACGGACCCAGAAAAGAUCAAAGAGUUAAUAGCCCGUGGAGAAUAUGUGAUAAAGGAAUUGGAAGCUUUAUAUUAUCUUCGAAAAUACCGAGCGAUGAAGCAGAGGUAUUACUCUGAUGGGAAUACUGAAUAAUUGCACUGACAAGCAACUUUAGAAUGCAUAUUUGUACGUCUAAAGCUGUAAUGCUGUAUACUUAAUUCAGGAUGAGGCCAAGUACAUGAGAAAAAAAUCUGUUAAAAUCACUGAUGUGGAAUUUUUUGAGAUUUUUGUAAACUAAUUAAAUCUGAAGAGUAUUGGCUUGAGCCAGUUUGAUUCAGACUUUAGAAAUCAUUUAAAAAUUUGGUAAUGAGAUGAUAGUACAGUUUCUACUAGUGCAUAAUGUACUGAAAAAGCAGUGUAUGCAGCAGUGGCAGCAAGAAACUAGGUUUACUAAAAGUUAAUCACUUCCACUUUGUGUUGCACUGCAGAAAAGUCAGAACAUACUUGAACAGAUUAAGUAGAUUUACUCAAAUUGACCCAAUGGCAGAUAACAGUGCAAAUUACUGUUACAUUCUCAAAGGUACAAAGAAAGCACACUGUGAACACUCUUGUUUUAUUUUCUUUUAAACCUAAUCCGAGCAUUAAUUAGUUUCUCUAAAUUCUGUGCGCAAGAUUUUUUAAACAAAAUCUAUAUAACUGAACAGCAGUUGAAUUAUUUUUAUCACAUUUUAGCAUCUAGUUUUCAGCCCCCUAUUUCACUUAGAAGUAGCAAAACAAGAAUGCUUUUCCAUACCAACACACAAUUUACAACUCACGCAGCUAUUUAAAGGAAUACUUGAACUUGACUGAAGAGCAAUACACUGAAACUGAUGACAGACCUUUAGUUACCCGUGAUAUCUAUCUAGUCUGACUUGUUUGUAUGUGGUACUUUUUGGGAGUCGAGUGUUGGAGUAGUAAUGACAAACAGACUGUAGUAUUCAAUGUAGACCAGAUGUAUAUAUGAGAAUUAAGGAAAGGUUUGAAAAUUGGGUUGUUAGAUUAUAUAGUGGUCACCUAGUGUUACAAUGUUGUAAUUCAUCAUUGUAAUCAUAUAAACUGUACAUAACAUACACAGACGAAAGAGAAUGUAAAAAACAUUAGCAGUUGUCCAGAUGUAUUUGACUGAUGCUUUUCAGUCAAAUCUCUUGAGGCAAGCUGCUUACCCACUUAGUAGUGUGUGAAUUUAAAAUAUUUUGCAUGCAGUUUAAAGUGCAUUGAGCCAUAUUUCAUUGUGUAUGAAGUAUCUAAACAAGUAUGAAUGCAUCUGAUGAUGAGCUGACUUUACCUCUUAUGAUCAGUGUUUCCUGUCACGCUUCGUCAUGAUUAACUAUACAGAAGUAAAAGUUUGAAAAUGCAAUACUGUACAAGAAAUAGCAUUAUCACAAAGUUGUGAUGCACAUUUAAGGAAAAGAGCAUUAUUUUAGUAUGGGUUGAACCUUAAUAUACCCAAAAUGUGCCUGAGAGUUUUAUUUAUACUAGGUUUCAGUGCAAAUUCUGUGCACUACAAUAACAUUUACCUUAAAGUGUGCCAGUACUCAUUUGGAACAGUAAAUGAUGUUUUAUUUUUUACGUACCACUUCACUCUGCUGCUUCGUAAUUAGGUGUACCUACACAGAAUGACUGGGUUUAUAAGUUGAUUGGUUUUAACUGUACAUAUAAUUCAGUAUACAGUAAAAGACUAAUAAACAUAAAUGUCAUUUUGAAA